CAGUGUUAAAUCUGUGGUAUAAACGAAGAAGGUGCAAGACGCAAUCCUGACAGCUUGUUUCUUGUUUUGUUCGAUCUAAUAAGAUAGUGUUCAAGAAAUAGAAGGGCAGUUAUCCGAUGCAAAAUUAGAGAAGCAAGGUGUCCAACGUUCAAAACUCCAUUUAAAGAAGAACCUUGAAUGUUCUACAAACAGGUUACUGGCAGAAACAGAAGAAUCUGAAUCUGGUUUUUUUAUGAACAUGAUCUCUUAGAGCCUACGAGAAUAUGUUGGUGGAACCGUGGAAUAUUGUGAAUUAAACGGUUAUUUAGUAGGAAUAGUUGUGCACACCUGUGGAUAUCAAACGAAAAAUAUCAAAUAUUAGAUGAAUGAUUCAUUCAUUUUCUGAAAAUAAAUAGAUUCAGAUUCAGAAGUUUCAACAUAAUUUUACCAUGUCUGGGGCAGUAUAUCAGCCAACAACCGUCACAUAUGAAACCAAUGGUGAACGCUGGCAAGAUCGUCCAAUAAGUUAUCUAGCUUCCACAGUAACAGAAGUAACUUCAGCUCCUUGUGGAAUAUCUUGUGUUGCAUGCAGAGGUUUAUGCCCAGUCUUACUUUUAACAACUUGCAUGACAUGUCUCAUAGUUGGAUUGAUUCUUUUGAUACAAGGUGCACUAGGAUAUGCAAGUCCAACACACAGUGAAGAGAAUGUCUAUUUAUUGCUUACGAUAUUUGGAGCUGUAUUCUUUGGUCUUUCGAUUCUUCUCUUUGUAAUCUUUUUACGAAUGACAAGAAGAUGGUGCUGGUCAAGUGGUAAAGAUCAUCUAGACAUUGUUGGUAGCCCUGGAUUGACUAUAAAUCCCUCCACAGAUCUUUUGGUUACCGCCCAAUAUGCUCCUGUUUCUGAGGUUGCGUAUCAGCCAACUCAGCAGGAAGAUUCUGAGCAAAGCAAGCUGAUGCCGCAAGAAAAUAAAGAUGGAAAGGACGAAACGGACUGUAUGAUCGAAAGAGAUCCUAGGAUUGUACUUCGACCUCUGAAUCAACCUAUCCACGAGGAAACCUAAAUAAUAGACCUCUUGAAACUAUCGUACUUAUAAUAGUGCUUCUGAUUCACCUAACUAACCGUAUUUUUUGUACAAAAAUACUACCAUGAAGACUUCACAUAGCUUUAAGUACAAAUUCAUCACAUCAGUAUGUUGAUUGAGAGUUUGUUCCUUUAAUGUUUUUUCGUUCUUCUACAGUAGAGGCUCCGAAAUUUCGUGUGCAAUGAAUUCGCCAUAAAACUUACAUAAGUGUUAGCGAAGUUAUUUUUUUCACAUUAGAUUUCUUCGAUUGAUUUGUAUAACUUUUACACAGUUCUACAUAUCAUUUUUCUAUUGGAAUAGAAGGGAAAUAUUUCACAAUUUUUGGGUUUUUAAGAUUUGAUUUAUAAAUUUGACUGGGGCCAUUGUUGGCGAAAGUUUUUGUGAAUCUUGUGAUACGUCGGUUGUUUCACACAAUUCGAAAUGUUGACUUAGUUUGACGAUUCCGAACUGAACAAGAUUACACAAUAGUUUUUCGAAAUAAUUUAAAACACUUUGCUCAUUUAAACUUCUUAAGAUAUGCUUUGUAAAUUUAUUUUUUGUAUAAUAUUUAGGAGAAAAUUCUUCUGAUGGCCCUCUUACUUAUGGCGAUCGAAUCAAAGUUACAAUUUUGUGACUGUCUCAAUGAUUUCGUCCCGAUAACGAAACUAUUCAUUCCCUCCCUAUAUAAACGUCCAUUUUUACUAGCAUUCAGACAUUCCUCAAAAUUAGUCAAAUUAGAUUGACUCAGCUUGAGAUAUACUGCAUUUAUCAUAUUUAUAUUUUGUAUUUGAAAAUUUGUAGUUAAUUUAUUUGUAGUUUAUUUCCAUAUUGAUUCUAUUGGAGUAUUGUGACGGAGUUUUUGCUUCGUUUAUUCUGGCAUUGUGUUGUCUGGGAUUUAAUGCUUAUUGUUUCAAUAAAUUAUAUUUCUUUGA